CGUAAAUUAUUAUUCGAUUGACAAGACUUAUCAGUAACUUAUUUUCUUCCCGGAAUCGCGAAUAAUGUAGAGAAUUCAAGAAAUAAUCAAGACGUUCAAUAUAUUGCCAGUGUUUUGUUUUGCCAGUUACUUUAGCCCUCAUCGGACUCUUGUUUGAUUUGCAGGCAAAAUGGGAAAUUGGCAACUAGAAGCAGCCAAGAUGGCGGCUUACAUCGCCUUCCCUGUGGGUCUAUUUCACUGGUUUAAUCAACCGGAGAAUUUUUCUCAAUAUGUGGAGGAUGUGUGGAAAAGUCGUGUCACUGUAUUCGAGACACAUGGAAAGGAGCAAAUUGCCCAAUUCAUCGAAGAUUACAAUAGAGAAAAAGAUCUACAGGCAAUUAAAGCGAUGGAAGAGACUCUACCCAAGUAAUUAAAUUUAUAGUGAUAAUGUCUAACAACUCAUGGUGAUGGAUUGAAAUACAAUUAUCUAUUUCAUAUCCACUAUUUUAUAGUUUAGUUAAUGCUGUUAUUUCGUAGAAAUAAGGGAAGGAAUCCGUAAUCUUGUCAAUAAAUAAUUUAAAUUAUUUCUACUGGUAAUGAAUAUAAAAAUUUUUUAUUUAAUCGAAAUUCAUUUUACAGAAAUAAUGUACAUAGUUAUGGCACAUGUAUAAUUAUGUAUUGAACUCCAUACUAUCAAUUCACGAGCAAUAAUAGAGAAGAAUAAGAACCCUUUUUUGUCUUCCAAAAAUCACUUGAGAGCCUGAGAGGGACGUUCCUUCGGCGUCUCCUCAGUGCUCCCUCAGCAAUUUUCAGAAAGGAUGAUGUAAUCGAAGUAUUUUUAAUAUUUAAAUACUCCAAAUUUGGGACUAGUUCCAGAAACUGACCCAAUUGUUCGUCUUUUAAUUUCUGACAUCCUUCGCAAUCAAGUCGUUUCAACGAUGGCAUAGGAUCGUAGAUGUCCAGAGUCACACUCAGCCUCCUGAUCUUGAGUACUUCAAGAUUUGGGAGCCAUAAGGCCUCUCGGACAGCUCGGUCUGUCAGGGUAGGAAUAGCUGAAACAUGAAGUCGCAAAAUUCAAUCCAUAGGGCUAAAUUAAUAGAUAACUUUUAACUUUCCAAAAGAAUUUACUCACCACUAAUGUCCAGGCAUUCGAGCUUCCAGUUCCUCCUGAGAAUUUGAAUAAGGAUUUCAUCAUUGAUUUUCACUUCUGGGAUGAUCAAGGUUUUUAGCCUCGUCAUAUCUCGUAUCUUCCAUAGCAUGUGGGCAUCGAUAGUUGAGUUUUUGAAAUCCAAGUGAAUUAAAUUUUCUCUGUGAUCCAUUCCUGUCAGAUGGAGUCCACGAUAAAAUCCCCUUAAUGUGAGACUCCUCAAUUUUGGAAAUCUUUUUAAAUC